AUGGUGUCAACCGACGACGCUGUGAAAAUGGACGGCAGAGUCUCCCCCGUUCUGGUUCAUGGCCAACAUGCUGCCAGAAAAGAGCAGUCGAUGACCCUCUGGCAAGCACUGCGAUUAUAUCCGAAAGCUGUUGGCUGGUCCGUCCUUCUAUCAUCUACCUUAAUCAUGGAAGGCUACGAUCUCGCCCUGCUCAGCUCGAUGUAUGCUUCUCCUGCCUUCAACCAGAAAUUUGGCGAACAUACAGCUUCGGGUAAAUGGGCCGUUCCCGCAUCCUGGCAAUCCGGUCUCUCCAAUGGUGCGCGCUGUGGUGAAGUCAUCGGACUUCUGAUCAAUGGCUUGGUUUCGGAACGCUUGGGCUAUCGCCGCACAAUGAUUUGUGCAUUAGCCAUGAUAACAGCGGUCAUUUUUGUUUUCUUCUUUGCUGUCAAUGUCCAAAUGCUGUUGGCCGCCGAGAUACUCGCUGGUAUACCAUGGGGCAUCUUCCAAACUUUACCAGCAGCUUAUGCCUCUGAGGUUUGCCCAGUUGUCUUGCGGCCUUACCUGACAACUUUCAUCAACAUGUGUUGGGUGUUUGGGCAAUUCAUAGCUGUUGGUGUCAAUCGUGGAUCGAUAUCCCGUGGCGAUCAAUGGGCCUGGCGCAUUCCAUUCGGUGUCCAAUGGGUGUUCCCAAUUCCUAUCAUGAUCGGUUGCCUUUUCGCACCGGAAUCGCCUUGGUGGCAUGUACGCCAAGGUAAUGUGCAAGGAGCUCGACGGGCGCUUCAACGCUUGACAUCGUCCAAUGUCCCUGAUUUCGAUCCCGACGAGACUAUCGCCAUGAUACAACACACGAAUGAGCUAGAAAAAUCACUCUCCAGUGGAACAACUUAUUGGGAUUGCUUCAAAGGAACCAACCUCCGCCGCACUGAAGUGGUUUGCGUUGUCUGGCUAGUCCAGACGUUAUGUGGCCAAAAUUUGAUGGGAUAUUUUGCCUACUUUUGCGUCCAGGCUGGUCUCCCCACUGUUGAAUCCUUCAAUAUGUCUCUUGGACAAUAUGGACUUGGUGUCAUAGGUACGAUUGGAUCGUGGUUCUUAAUGAGCUACGCUGGUCGCAGAACCAUCCAUGUCUCCGGCCUGGCCAUUCUCUUCAUCCUCCUCGUGAUCACAGGGUCUUUGUCGUUUGCACCGGAAGAGAACAACGCGGCAAAGUGGGCAAUUGGUGUGAUGCUCAUCAUCUUCACCUUCUUCUAUGAUAUCAGUGUCGGUCCUGUAACCUACUCACUGGUUUCUGAACUUUCCUCAACCCGCCUCAAGGCAAAGACAAUUGUACUUGCCCGAAGUCUGUACAACAUCAGCAAUAUUGUCGUGAACGUUCUCACAAACUAUCAACUGAACUCGACAGCUUGGAACUGGGGUGCACGAUGCGCAUAUUUCUGGGCUGGCACAUGCUUGAUGUCUCUCGUGUGGGCCUUUUUCCGUCUUCCUGAGCCAAAGGGUCGUACAUACGAGGAAUUGGAUAUCCUCUUUGAACGUGGGAUUUCGGCGCGGAAAUUUGCAAGCACAAGUGUAGAUCCAUAUGCAGGAGAGCCCACGGAGAUUCACGAGGCACACGUUGACAAAGAUUGA